CCCCAGUUCCUGCCUACUCAGAUGCUGGUGAAGUUCAUGGCCGACAUUGCCAGUGGUAUGGAGUACCUAAGUACCAAGAGAUUCAUACACCGGGACCUGGCUGCUAGGAACUGCAUGCUGAAUGAGAACAUGUCCGUGUGUGUGGCAGACUUCGGACUCUCCAAGAAGAUCUACAAUGGGGACUACUACCGCCAAGGGCGCAUUGCCAAGAUGCCAGUCAAGUGGAUUGCCAUCGAGAGUCUGGCAGAUCGAGUCUACACCAGCAAGAGUGAUAUGUGGUCCUUUGGCGUGACAAUGUGGGAGAUCGCCACCCGAGGCCAAACUCCCUAUCCAGGAGUGGAGAACAGUGAGAUUUACGACUACCUAUGCAGGGAAAUCACCUGAAACAGCCUGUGGACUGCCUGGAUGGCCUGUAUGCCCUGAUGUCUCGGUGGUGGGAGCUAAACACACGGGACCGGCCAAGUUUUGCAGAGCUUCGGGAAGACCUGGAGAACACAUUGAAGGCUCUGCCCCCUGCUCAGGAGUCUGAUGAAAUCCUCUAUGUCAACAAGGAUGAGGGCACAAGCCACCUUGAACCCCGUGGUGCUGCUGGAGGAGCUGAUCCCCCGACUCACCCCGAUCCGAAGGAUUCCUGCAGCUGUCUCACUGCAGCUGAAGUCCACGCUGCUGGACGCUACGUCCUCUGUCCUUCUACAGUUCCUGGACCCAGUCUGUCCGCUGACAGAGGCUGCCCAGCACCCCCAGGGCAGGAGGAUGGAGCCUGAGACAAUCUUCCACCUGGGAUGCCCUCUCAGGAUCCAAGCUUGGCACUGCCACUGGGGGGAACCUCACCCCCACUUUGCCACUCCUGGCCUUCUCCCCGACUGCAGCAUGAUCUUUCCUCCCUUCUCAAAUUCAGCACAGAAAGACUUGUCCUUCUUUCUGUGUCGUAAACAUCCUAUGCAUAAAAAGAAGGGUCGGGCUGCCGUCUCGAAGGAUCUUCUCAGAUCUGACAUCCCAACAUUCUGUAUUCUACGGUUUGAGUCUAGAUUUCAAGGUUCUAGAUCUCCAAGAUGAUAUGAGUCCUUGGGUCUAAGGAACCGAGACCCUGGUUUCUAAGUCUCAAGAGCUAUUGUUGUAGACAUGGCCCACUGUUCAAAGGCUCUGAGAUUCUGUGGCUCUAGAUUUUUCUGGUUCUAAAAUUCUUGGUGAUGCCCUUAUGGUUUUUGGUUGCACAGCUCUGAGAUUCCAGGAUCUAAGGCCUUGUGAUUCUAGACUUUAUUUUUCUGGAGCCCAGGGUCCUAUGAGUGGAAGCUUCUAGAUUUUAAAAUUCUACAGGUUCUAGGCAUGAAGGUUCUAAGGCAUACUGUUCUCAAAUUUAACAGCUCUUCAUGUUGCAAUACUCCAGAUCAUAAAAUUUCAAACAUUUAUUUUCUCAAUUUCUAAGAUUCCAGUGAUGGUCAUUUACAGCCUCUGAGGCGUUAUGAUAAUAAGUUCUUUUAUAUAAAACCCUGCAUCUCAAGGGAAUAAGAUUCUAGAAUCUGAAAUUCAAAAGCUUUAAGAGUCUCCAGACUGAGUUUCUAAGCUAUGAUGUGAUGAUAAUCUAAAAUUUGGUCUGAGGUUCUAGAUUCUCUAAGAUUCUACAUCAUAUGCCCCAAGAUUACAGAUUAUUAAAUUCUAAUGUUGGCCUGCUCUUGAUCUCAGGCACUGUAAGAUACUGUGGGUCCAAGACUCGGGGUCCUAAGAGGCUCACAGUUAAUUGUGACUAACUAGACACCAAAGUUCUAACCAUUUCUAAUGCUGGACACCUCUGAGUUCUGUGCUGCUUCCUGCCUUUCUAGCACUUAAUUAAAGACCCGAGAAUACAUGUUUCUAAAAAUAUUAAAGCUCUAAGCACUGUAA